CAAAAUGAUGCUGGUGCUCCAGUCGAAACAAGAAAUCCAUUAGGUUACAACUUAGACUAUGUUUCUGCCUUCUAUAUGGUUAUUCAAGGUAUCAUAGGUACUGGUAUCUUCUUGACUCCUGCAAGUGUCUUGAACUCUAUUGGUUCUGUUGGUGCCUCCUACGUCUUGUGGGUUGCUGGUUUCAUCAUUGCUCUCUUUGAAGUUUUCGUCUACAUCGAAUUUGCUACAUACUUCAGAAAAAGAAACGGUGGUGAUGUAGCUUAUUUGGAACAAGCUUUCCCUAAGCCAGACUAUUUGGUUCCAACAGCAUACGCUGCUGUAUCUGUGAUUUUGUCAUUCUCGGUGUCUUCUGCUGUUGCAUUCGGAACUUAUGUCAUUGCUGCUAGUGACUUGGAGCCAACAACCUGGAAGCAAAGAGGAAUUGGUGUUGCUAUUCUUUCUUUCGUUGCUAUUUUGACUGCUGUUCACCCUAAGGCUUCUCUUAAGUUGGCCAAUUUGUUGGGUUUUGUGAAGAUGGUCUUCAUUGCUUUCGUUAUCAUUACUGGAUUUGUUGUAUUGGGUGGAGGCACCAGAGUCAAUAACCCACAUGACAUAUUCAAGAAUGCAUGGGAUGGUACUACAUCAGAUGGUAACGCUAUUGCUAAUGCCAUCAUCAAAGUUUCCUUCUCGUACGGUGGUACCGCUUACGUCUUCGCACUUGUUGGUGAAUCUAAUCCCAAGAAGACUAGGAACUUGUUUAGAUUCUUCAUUCCAGGAGUCGUUGUUCUUGUUUUCCUCAUCUAUAUUUUGCUUAUUACUACUUUCUAUGCUGGUGCUGGCGGCCUCGCUUCAGUUAAGAAGUCAGGUGUCUUGGUUGCCUCCCUUUUCUUUACAAAUGUAUUUGGUACCAGAGCUGCAACUCAAGCUUUAGAUGUUCUUGUUGCGCUUUCCGCUUUGGGGCACUUGUUAGCUGUCUUUGUGGGACACUCUAGAGCUUUAAGAGAAUGUGGAAGACAAGGAGUUCUUCCAUAUCCUCGUCUCUGGACUACCACCAGACCAUUUGGUACUCCUUUGUUGCCAGUCAUUAUCACUUAUGUCGUCAAUUUGAUUGUUUUGCUUGCUCCACCAGCUGGUGAUGCAUACAACUUCGUUGUUGACAUUGGUUCCUACUCUGGUUAUUUCUUCAAGAUCUUGUUAUUUGUUGGUCUUUUGUUCGUGAGAAAGCAAAGAAAGGCAGCUGGUUUGAAACCAAAUGGAUGGUGGGUUCCAUUGCCUAUCAUCAUCAUUAACAUUCUUUUCUAUCUUUUUGUCAUUGCCAUGGCUUGGGUUCCUCCAAAGGGUGGUUCCUUGAAGGGUUCUGAUGUUUCAUUCUUCUACGCAACAUAUGCUAUCACCACUAUUGGUAUCUAUCUUCUCUGUAUUGCGUACUACUUUGUCUGGGCUAAGAUCAUCCCCAAGAUUGGAGGAUAUCAGCACAGAACAGUCUUCUAUGACUUACAAAACGGUGAAAGGGGACAUACUGUUGUCAAGGUUAAGAAUGAUGAAGUUGAGAAGUUCGAUAAAGAACAUGACGCUUCUGGAAGAUUA